AUACAGCUAGAAGAUAUCGACAAUGCCUCGCUACGAUGAUAAGUAUGGCAAUACCCGCCUCUAUGUGGGUCGUUUGUCUUCACGAACUCGUUCCCGUGAUCUGGAGCGGGUCUUCAGCAGAUAUGGAAGGUUUUUGGGUUUUCACUAAACCCGGAGGUCUGUGGUGGGAGGGUGGCCUUGGUGUAAUCUUGGUGUAAUUGGUGGAAAUUCCUACCUGAGUGUUGACUUUGGCGAUUCUUUCUGUAAUGUUAUUGCGUGUUUUUAUGGAAUUGGCAACAAUCACAAACUGGUGUUUAGUUCGUCUUUGAGGGGCGAAGUAUCAUACAGUUCCAGUAGUUAAGUAAUGAUGGCCUUACUGUUUAUGGAAACCAUUUCCGCAGCGUUCGAGAUGUGGAUAUGAAGCAUGAUUACGCCUUUGUUGAAUUUAGAGAUCCUCGAGAUGCUGAUGAUGCAAGAUACAAUUUGGAUGGUCGUGAUAUUGAUGGAAGUCGUCUUAUUGUGGAAUUUGCAAAAGGGGUUCCUCGGGGUUCCCGUGAUUCUCGGGAUUCUAGGGAAUAUUUGGGUCGAGGUCCACCUCCUGGAUCUGGACGCUGCUUUAACUGUGGCAUUGAUGGCCACUGGGCUCGAGAUUGCAAAGCUGGGGAUUGGAAGAACAAGUGUUACCGCUGUGGGGAGAGAGGUCAUAUCGAAAAGAACUGCAAGAACAGUCCAAAAAAAUUGAGCAGCAGACAUGCACGAAGUGUUUCACGUUCUCCAGGCAGGUCACGUUCUCCAGCCAGGUCUCGAUCUCCAGCCAGGUCUCGUUCUCCUAGGAGAGGCAGAAGCCGUGACAGAAGCUACAGCCCGGCUCGCAGCUAUAGCCGAUCAAGAUCUCCUGUCAGAAGAGAUCGAAGCCCGGUUGCUUCAGAUAGAUCACGGAGUCCUCCGCCCUCCAAGUCAAGGAAGUAUAGUCGAUCUCCUGAAGGCAGUCCACAAAAGAGCACAUCUCCUGGGAAUGAUAGGGUGGUUGCAACCCAAGAUGGGUCUGAUUACAGUGAUGGUGCUAGAGUGAAGAGCAGAAGCCCCUCAAGGGACAAUGAUGAUAGCCCUAAGGCUAAUGGGCGCAGCAGAAGCCGCAGCCGCAGCCCCAGGGAUGAGGAUAGGAGCCCCGUAGAGGAGGAUGAUGACAACAAUCGUCGCUCUCCAUCACCUUAAGAAGUAUUUUUUCUUAUAAAUCAGCUCAGGACGUGGCCAAGGAUAUUCAUAUGUUUUGUUUAUGAAAUGCACUAUAUCCAUCUCUUUUUGAAUGCUUAAUGAUGCUUAUGGUUAUGAACAAUGGUUGUGUAUGCUAUUUUAAAUUUUUAAACCUCUGUUGGUUGCAACAAUUGUUACUUGUUUGAAAAUAAGUUUCUAACAUUGCAUAACUUUAAAUA